AUGCCACCGCACGCCGAUCUGGACCGUCAGAUUGAGCACUUGAUGCAGUGCAAGCCUCUGCCGGAGCCAGAGGUGAAGACGCUGUGCGAGCAAGCGAGGGCGAUUUUGGUCGAGGAAUGGAAUGUGCAACCGGUGAAGUGCCCCGUCACGGUUUGCGGAGACAUCCAUGGCCAGUUCCACGACCUCGUCGAGCUCUUUCGGAUCGGCGGCAGCGCCCCCGAUACCAAUUACCUCUUCAUGGGCGACUAUGUAGAUCGAGGAUACUACUCAGUGGAGACUGUCACACUUCUAGUGGCCCUGAAAGUACGUUACAGAGAUAGAAUUACAAUUCUUAGAGGAAAUCAUGAGAGUCGGCAAAUAACUCAAGUGUAUGGUUUCUAUGAUGAGUGUUUGAGGAAAUAUGGAAAUGCUAAUGUCUGGAAGCAUUUCACUGACCUUUUUGAUUAUCUUCCGCUCACAGCCUUGAUCGAGAGUCAGAUCUUUUGCUUGCAUGGUGGACUCUCCCCCUCUUUAGAUACUUUAGACAACAUUCGUGCUCUGGACCGGAUACAAGAGGUUCCUCAUGAAGGUCCGAUGUGUGAUCUCUUGUGGUCUGACCCGGAUGACCGAUGUGGGUGGGGAAUAUCUCCUCGGGGCGCAGGGUAUACAUUUGGACAAGAUAUAGCAGCCCAAUUUAAUCAUACUAAUGGGCUGAGUCUUAUUUCUAGAGCUCACCAGCUUGUGAUGGAAGGCUACAAUUGGUGCCAGGAAAAGAAUGUUGUCACGGUGUUUAGUGCUCCAAAUUACUGCUAUCGGUGUGGAAAUAUGGCUGCAAUUCUUGAGAUUGGAGAGAAUAUGGAGCAGAAUUUCCUUCAAUUUGACCCAGCACCUCGGCAGGUUGAGCCUGAUGCAACACGCAGAACUCCAGACUAUUUUUUGUAA